GGAAAAUAACACAAUAUGCCUACCGACCUGGGUGUUAUCAGGUAGAGGAGCGCUGUGGCCGGGCGAGGGAUGUUACGCACUGCUACCUCCGGGCAGACAACUAUCAUGAAUGGACAAUCCCUCAUCGCGCCGUCGCAGGAAGAGGUACCUCCGUAACCUAACCGGUGUCGUACUGUAUCAGGGCAUUUUGUUGCAAGACAUGGCCUAUCCUACCCCGGACUUCGGACAAUCCGGCCCUGUGUUAUGGGUGAAGAUCAUGUCGCUACGUGUGUGUGUGCACGCAUGUAACCUGUCUCGAUAUCGCUGCGAGGCUGGUCUGCUUUGUUGUUGUCUAUGGCAGAGUCAAGUCGUGCUGACAUGGGAGCGAGAUAUAGGCCCCAUCUCCGUCAGCUUUAUUAGUCUGCGUGAUCCCUUCCACCCGCCCCAUCUGCCUGCCUGUCCAUCUAUCCCCAUAGUUAUCUACUUGCUUACAUAUCUCGUCGUAUCCAUCUCUGCAUCUCUCCCUCGGAUCUUGGUACGUGUGAUUUUUAUCUCCUCGGUGCCCCAUCCCAUCUGCUGCCCAGAUAGGGAAGCCCCCUAUCGUCCCAGGGUCCGUCUGUUGUUCCCUAGGCGGUCUAGUCGUCUCACCUCCACAACUACCAUACAUAUACGCACUUAUACACCCGCGCGCACACAUAUAUAUAACAUACGUACCCGAACUCGUCCGGCCCUUUUCUGCCUUCCCUAGUGCCCCUCCUCCCAUCAGAUGCCCAUCGUGUGAUCCCCUCUCCACCGCCUUCUUCUCGACUUAGACAAAUACCGCUCUCCGCUGCCUGUCUCCCAAGCCCGUGGUGCCAAGGUAGUACAGCUCUCGCCCAGACCAAAAGCAAAGGACAAACAGCUUCCAAGAGAAACAAGAAAAGAAGCAAGAUAAGACAGUAGGGGGAACUGGAAACCCCAGCACUCACUCACCCAGACACCCGUCUUGCCCCCCCCCCUUGGUUC